UUCUUUGCUUUGUUGGCUUGUCAGGCAGAGAGGGAACUGAAACCGUGGAUUGCCAAAGAUGAUGAUCUUGGUCAGAAGAUGUGGAGGAUCAAUCAACGCAUUGUAAAAGUGAUUGUGGAGCUAAUGAGAAAUCAUGAUACACCUGAAUCAUUGGUAAUUCUAUCCAGUGCUUCAGACCUCCUGUUACGCGCCACAGAUGAGAUGCUCGUUGAUGGAGAAGCAUGCACUUUACCGCAACUGGAGCUCCUCGAAGCAACUGCUAGAGCGCUCCAACCUGUACUCGAGUGGGGAGAAUCCGGAUUGGCUGUGGCCGAUGGCCUUUUGAACCUAUUGAAGUGCCGAUUACCAGCGACAGCGCGCUGUGUCUCUCAUCCAAGCGCUCAUGUUCGGGCUCUUAGCACAUCAGUUCUUCGUGCAAUUCUGUAUGCUGGUUCACUAAAAGCUAGUGGGAAAAAAGUGGACAAAAAUGGCAUUCAUGGCCCUGCUUAUCAGUAUUUAAGUGUAGGCAAUAUCAACUGGCAAACUGAUAUUGAGAAGUGUUUAACAUGGGAAGCUCAUAGCUUACUUGCAACUGGAAUGCCUACUCAGUUUCUUAGUACUGCUGCCAAAGAAUUAGGCUGUACCAUAUCCAUCUGAAACUAAUAGUAACAUAUUGGUAAUUUGACUGUUCUUGUGUUUAACAA